CUUGAAGGGGCGCGAUGGUACCCGGACGCUUGUGGGUCGCCGUCGCGUGGGCGCUUUGCACCCUUGUCGCUGCGGCGACAGAACUACCCCGCCUCUCGACGAGUGCGCUUCUGGAAGAGCUUGCACGCACGGAGUUGCAGAUUGCGAGCCAGACGCACAAGCUCACUUUGCUCCACGCGCUGCGGCGGGAGCUGACGAGCGACGUAACGCAGCUACCGCACAUGCAAGCCGAGCUACAAGCGGUCUUGGCACGCUUGAAGGCGCCCGGCAGCUGCGAAGCGACGACACCAUCGACGGAGCCAAGCGUCGCCUUGCUCGUCGAGCGCCCACUAUUACUUUUACCAUCGGCGCCGGUCUUGUUGCACGCGCACCGCGUGGUCCAGCCUCACCGAUCGGCACUGCUACUACUCGCGCUCACUGAAAAUGGUGUGUUUGAUGUCUCGCACUUGCCAGGCGGGCAGCCCAUGGCAAGUGCCACGCUGCCCAAGACACCGGAUCUCGUUACGGCCGCCGCCUUGGACUCGGACGCAAGUCCGAUGGUGCUCUACGCAUUCCUCAGCAACCGGUCCCUCAGCACGUUUAGCGUCACGGUUUCCCUAAGCGACACGGACAGCGCCGUUCACGUCAAUGUCACGAAGCUUUCGAACCUGGCGACGGCAACGAAUGGCCCGGUGCAGCAGGUGCACUUGGUGUCGGCGCAGGGCCAGAAACUACUCGUCGCCGGCAGCGAAAACACGUUUCACGUGCUGCCUGUGGACGCAAGCUACUUGAAGACGAUGCCAGCCGGCGCACCGAUCGCUGCGCUCCUGCCGCAUCGCCACGUCAUUGCCGUCGCCAGCGAGACGCGCGUCGACUUGCACCAUCUGCUCAAGCUCGGCGACGGUCCAGCGUCUCUCUACUCGUGCGACGCGGGCCUUUUUCACAUCGCCAGCGCCGCCUUCGACGCUACCGUCGCGAGCCGCCUCUACGCAGGAACGACGAGCGGCGACAUUCUCGUCUUUGACGUCUUCCACGGCAACACGCGGAGCUGUCGGCCAAUUGCGCGCGUCGGAACGUCGGCGUCGGGCCCGCUGCUUCUUCGCGCGAUCGCCCCGAGCUUUCUACUCGCAGCAUCCAAGGACACACUAUUUCUGUACGAAACAACCUCGUCGCUCACGCUGCUUGGCGGCGCACCGACAGCUUUGAGCGACGUUGCAUCGAUGCGCCUCUCGGUGGUGCCCAGUGCCUACAACGGCGAGUUUCACGACGACGCUUUGCUAAUUACGAGCGCCGGCCGCGCGGUGCAAACAUACCAAGCGGCCUUGCACCGCCAUGAGGCUGCGAAAGAAGCAUCUUCGUGGUUUGGGGACGGCGUCAUGGGGCGGUUCCCACUGCUCGUUGGACUCUGUAUCGCAGUCGUUGCAUACAAGUUGUGGAGUCGCCCGGAGCCAAGCGUCGCGCCGCGGCCGGCCUUUCCGACUGACGAUCGCCGAUCGCCCCGAGCCGACGAGGCCGAUCCACCGACGUAUCAUCAUCGCGAGGCGGCGUGCGUCGACGAGUUUGCAACAGCGCAGAAGCGUGCUCGGCAGCGCCUCGACCGCACCCAACUCGAGCGAGAAAUCUACUAGACUUGAGCGAAAAAAUGAUUACGCUUCGAGUAAUUCCUUUGGAACGUGGUUGCGCGCGUUGUUGGAUUGGA